AUGGCUCCAAAAAAGAAAGGCAAAAAGAAAGAUGAUGGAAAAAAGAAGGAUGGUGAGAAAAAGAAGAAAGUCGAUUCAGCUAAGGCCGAGCCUAUUAUCCCAAUGGAAGAAAAUGUUAAAGACUUCUAUCAAGUUCAAGUUCAAAGUCUUCGAAAGAAAGUUGAUGAAUUACAACAAGAAUGUGAUACUUAUUUAGUUUCACAACAUACAAAUGGUGAACGUUUAGAAACAUUAAAAGAAAUUCGUCUUGGUUCACGUGCUUUUCUUGGUCGACAAAUGGAUGAAAUUAAUCUAGAAAUAAAUCUUUUAAAUCGUCAAUUAAAAGAAUUAAAUGAUUUAAAAGAAGCUGAACGUAAUGAAUUCUUAAAACAAAUUUAUGAAUUACGUACACGAGAUUUACAAGAAACACGUGAUAAAAAUGAAAGCGAAAAUCAAAUGUUAAAAGCAAAAUUAAAUUCUUUGGAUGAAUUGAAAACUAAAAAAGAAAGUUUAUUUAAUGAAAUCAAACAAUUAGAUGAAAAAUUAAAACAACAGGAACAUGAUCAACAAGAAGAACUUUAUUAUAAAGAAAAAGAAUCAAUUUUAGAAAAAGACAAAUUACGCAAGGAAAUGGUUGCACGUGUUAAUGAUUUAUCAUCUGAAUUUCGCCGUGUAUCAAAAAUGCAAGUUGUGCAAACAACUAGACAAAUAAUUCUUGAAAAUGUUCGACUUAAUAAUCAAAUGGCAAUUAUUGAAAGUGAUUAUAAUCAUGUUGAAAUAGAAAAUGGAAAAAUUCGUGAACAAAAAAAAAGUAAAUCACUUGAAUUGAGUUUACUUGAUGAACGUGAACGGAUGAUGGCAAAAAAGAAUCGUAAAACAUAUCAAUUAAUCGAAAAAUUAACUGAAGAAUGUAGUGCACAUGAACAAUUUAUUGCUACACUUGAUGAAAAAAUAGCUUCAUUUGAUUAUACACAACAAUUAAUUGAUGAAUUAGAAGAAGUCAAUACUAAUACCGACGCACGUCGUUAUCAAAUUUAUGAAGAAAAUGAAUCGUUAAGAAGAACUAUUGCACAACGAAAAGAAACACUUUCACAAUGUGAACAUGACAUGGAAAAAGCAAAAUAUCCUAUUGAAAAAACAAUUCAAGCAUUAAAUGAUGUUUUACAAGAUUCUUCAGAUACAUCGAAUACUGGACGAACAAUCGAUACUCGUUUAGGUGCUUUUGAAAAUAUUUUUCGACUUCUGAAUGUAGCUACACAACUCGGUAUUGGACCUAACUUAAAAGAAUUAGCUGUUAAAAAUGAAGAUGACCUAUUAGCAACAACUAUUGACUAUGAUAAUUUACCAUCACCAGCUCAACCAUUAGGUUCUCUUAAGAAACUUAAAACAAAAUCAGUUGCUAUUCAGACAAAUAUUUCCAAUCGAAAUCCUGUUCCAUAUCAUAUACAAACCGAUGUAUCAGCAGUACGACCUAAAUCAUUACCAUUUCGAAAACGUCGACCAUCAUUACUUUCUACAUAA